CACACAGGCUUGCUCACAGUGCUGGACUGAAAAACCCUCUCAGCUCUGCUCUCCGGCUCCGGCCACCAGUGAAGAUGCUUCAUCGUUACUCUUUAUGAGAUUACUGCAAGACUGAGUGGAGUGGCAGCUCUGUGGCUGAUGGGCUGCUGCUGCUCUUUCCAUCUUUAUCUCUCUUUUAAUUGGGACGCUGGGGAGAAAUAAAUAGCGCAGCACACACUGUUGGGAGGCAAAUGAAUGGAGCAGACUGACAGGGGAUUUCCCGGGCUGCCUUCACACCAAUGGACCUGGACACAAGUUUUGAGCUGGCCAAUCUGUAUUUGGCAGAAUAAUGUUUCUUAUUAUUUAGUGAAUUAAUUUUUGCAGCAAGAUCAUCUCGAGAGCUUGCAGAAGGACCUUUUUGUGGAUUUUCACUUUAAACAUUCACACCAUAUCUUUGGCUCAAGGAUGUGCUCUAUAGUCAUGCUUCAUCAGUGGAGUCUGGCUGUGUUCUUGCUGUGCUCACCAGUGACUCUUGAUGGGAGACCAGUUGAUGCACUUAGUGGCAGAACGAGGAGAUCAGUGAGCCAUGCCCAGCUGAUGCAUGACAAGGGUCGCUCCUUGCAGGAGUUCAAACGUCGCAUGUGGCUGCAUGAACUGCUAGAGGAGGUGCACACAGCAGAUGAGCGAGCUCCACCUGUGCAGAGCAGAACACAGAGCCAAACCUUCAGUGGGAAUGCUCUGCACGAGAAGCCUCCAGGGGCCACCAAGAACCUUCCUGACAGGUUCAGGCUGGACAGAGAGGGCCCUAACCUGCCCCAGGAGACCAACAAGGCUCUGGCUUAUAAGGACCAGCCACUAAAAGUGGCCACCAAGAGGAAAAAAAAGGUGAGGUUAGGCCGACGUAGAGAGAGCGACAAGAAGCGGAGACGGGCACGGUCUGUCACAACAAAGGAGCCAUGAAGGACGCAGUACCCUUGCUAAGAGACUCUCAAUAGCCUUUAUGUGGUACUGCACUAAGACACUGACGUAGGUUCAACUAGACUGGGAUCUGAGAGACUCAACCUAUUGCUGACUCAGUCACUUCAUAUUAUGGCCCUGGGGUUGUGCUUGUAUGAUAAUAUUUUGCUAUGUUUGUAUUUUCAAUCUCAUACUUCCUGAUGUUUCGUGAACUAUCAUCAUAACAUCUUCUUAGGUCAAUAUUUAUUUGGAAAAUACGUAGGCCUCUGUAACCCUGAUUUACAUAAAAAAAACAAUCUUAUGUUGCCAUCUCUAACCAGCUGUAUGCACAAGUAGAUCACAGGAGGAGCUAUUUAUUGCCUGAAUAUAAUGUCACUUCACAAAAUUGGGAGGCGGAGUAGUCUACUUUUGUUUGGCGAUACAUAUGUUGACUACCAUGGACUUACAGUUACACACAAACUGUUCACUGAAUACAUCUGUUGGAACUGUUCUGCCAUAAUUUAUUUCACUUUGAAAGUGUGUAUUUAUUUUGUGAAUGUAUCACGGUGCUGCUGACUAAAUUCCAUAAUGCACUUUAGUUGUAUCCUGUACAUGUUCUUUUGUGGUUGAGUUUUAAUUUGAUGUUUCUUUUUGAUGGUCCUGCUUUCCUUUCCCACCUUAGAUCCCUCAUGGACUUGUAACUUAUUGGAUGCUCCAUCAAUCCCACUCUCAUCGUUUUACAUUAUAGUUUAUUUUUAUAGAACAAGCCCGAGACAGCGGCUCUCAGACUCAUUUUAUGUUCUUCACUUGCACUGAGGGCAUACUGUACAUGUUUCCA